UACUCAACGCGACCCUUGUGACUGCAGACUGCACAACUACGCUGACCAAUAUCCACCCAACACGCCCUCUUUGCCUUGCUGCCUUGUCCAGCUGUACCGCGCCACCGCCCGCGUGCCUCCGCUCUAGUCCCUCGCAGUUUAGUCGCUCCUUCGCCGCAGCCUGGCUGGUUCCGUCAUCAGGCGGGACUGGCUCACAUCUAAAUCACGACGCCGCCCGCCGCUCGCAAGCGGAAGGCUUCUGAGGCAGAUAACCACCUGAGUCCUGCAGAAGAGCCGCCGCAGAAGAAGAAAAUACAUAAAUCCCACGCCAUCGACUUACCUGCCACGCCCGUCACGGACGACUCCGACAAGAUGGACUCCGAGGACGAAUUCAACAGCUCCAUGAGCGGGGAUGAUUUUGACGACCAAGACAGUGAUAUGGGCUUGGAAGAAGACUCCGACUUCGAUAUGGAGCAAGAUGACGUUGGGUUCGAAUCACAGGACAAGGACAUCAAACCCACCAAGCAGGCAUAUGAAGUAGACUUCAAAGUCUUCGACCCCGCACAAAUACAGGGACAGCAAGACAAGCAAAUCGACGAAGUGUCGAGCAUCCUCGGCCAACCGCCCGAGGCCUCCGCCAUCCUCCUCCGACACCUGCGAUGGAACAAGGAGCGUUUGAUCGAUCAAUACAUGGAGAAGACGGAGGAAGUAUUAGAGAACGCGGGGCUUGGACAGGACUCCACAAUCAAUCCUCCGAAGCUACAGAAAGUCCAGGGGUUCGUCUGCGAUAUCUGCUGCGACGACAAUCCGAACAUGGAUACCUUCGCCAUGAAAUGUGGCCACCGGUUCUGCAUAGACUGCUAUAGGCAAUAUCUCAGCACCAAGAUACAAGAUGAGGGUGAGGCAGCACGAAUAAGAUGCCCAGGAGAGGGCUGCACACGGAUUGUAGAUUCGAAAUCGCUUGACCUCCUUGUUACCGAAGAUCUUCAUGACAGAUACCACGUACUCCUCACACGAACCUACGUCGAUGAUAAAGACAAUCUCAAGUGGUGCCCAGCACCUGACUGCAAAUACGCCGUCGAAUGCCCAGUAAAGAGCAAGGAUCUUGGCAAAGUCGUGCCUACAGUGCACUGUGAUUGCGGACACGACUUUUGCUUUGGUUGCACAUUAAACAACCAUCAGCCGGCACCGUGUGCGCUAGUGAGAAGAUGGAUGAAGAAAUGCGAGGACGAUUCAGAAACGGCGAACUGGAUAUCGGCGAACACCAAGGAAUGCCCAAGAUGCAAUUCUACUAUUGAGAAGAACGGAGGUUGCAAUCAUAUGACAUGCAGGAAGUGCCGUCAUGAGUUCUGCUGGAUGUGUAUGGGUGUGUGGUCUGAACACGGCACCAGCUGGUACAACUGCAAUCGAUUUGAGGAGAAGAGCGGGUCAGACGCCCGCGACGCUCAGGCUAAAUCACGACAGUCACUCGAGCGAUACCUACAUUACUAUAAUCGCUACGCGAAUCAUGAACAGUCCGCGAAGCUAGACAAGGACAUAUAUCUCAAAACGGAGAAGAAGAUGCAACAGUUGCAGAAUUCCUCGGGCAUGUCCUGGAUUGAGGUACAAUUUUUGGAUCAAGCCUCUCAAGCACUUCAACAAUGCCGGCAGGUGCUCAAAUGGACCUACGCCUUCGCAUACUAUCUAGCCCGUAACAAUCUCACGGAGAUAUUCGAGGACAACCAAAAGGAUCUUGAGAUGGCCGUAGAGAACCUCAGUGAAAUGUUUGAAAAGCCAAUCGACCAGCUGCAGAACCUAAAGGUCGAUAUGUUGGAUAAGACAUCGUAUUGUACGAAGAGGAGGGCCAUUCUUCUCAAUGAUACGGCCGAGAACUUAAAGUCAGGCAACUGGGAAUUUAAUGUGUCCCUGUCGUAGAACGCUCGGGGCCCUGGAGGUCCGGAAUAUCGUCUCAUCCACCCCCUCUUCAGCAUGGCUGUAUUGCAUAGUUCUGAUGCGGGCGUAGGAGGAGUAGAGUCAUUUGCAUGGCAUUGUUUUGUGGUAUCAGCGGUUAGCGGCUAGGCAUAGCAUUCCCCACGGCUUAAAGAGAAAUGAAAUAGAUGUCGAUACCAGCUCUGGUGUGUUGAAGUGACCGUACGUUAAAUCAUAUACUAGGUCUAAUGUC